UUUGGAAAGGAUUGUGGGAAGCCAGCCUCUCUCGAGUUCCUAUUCUUUGAAAUGUGAUCUUUGCCUCCUGCAUACAUUUCUACUGUCCACUGGCAAAGCUGAGCUGAUCCUGGUUCUAUGCCUUUGAAUCUCCAGAAUGCUUCUCCCCACAGUCAGUUGUGAGGAACAUGGAAGGAUAGUGUCUAAAGCUGGGUCUGAUGUCCUGGUCUGGGUAGCCUGUCUGCUCUUGGCAUUUCCUGCCACAGCCACUGAGCCCCAAACCGCUCAGCCUGAAGUGGACACCCGCCUGGGCUGUGUGCAAGGCCAGCAGGUGGGCGUGAAGGGGACAGACCGCCUUGUGAAUGUCUUCCUGGGCAUCCCAUUUGCACAGCCACCCCUGGGGCCUCUCAGGUUCACUCCCCCACUGCCAGCACAGCCCUGGGAAGGUGUACGGGAUGCUGGCACUGACCCCUCAAUGUGCAUGCAGCACAUAGAAAGAAUGAACAAUACCAGAUUCUGGCUCAAUGGAAAACACAAAAUCUUCCCUAUUUCUGAGGACUGCCUCAUCCUAAACAUCUACAGCCCAGCUAAGGCCACUACAAAGGCCAGGAAGCCAGUCAUGGUACGGAUCCAUGGAGUCGUGGUGAUUGGCUCUGCCUCCUCCCAGGAUGGAUCAGCCCUGGCUGCCUAUGAGGGUGUGGUAGUGGUCACAGUUCAAUACCACCUUGGGAUCUUUGGCUUCUUUAGCACUGGGGACAAGCAUGUGCCUGGCAACCAGGCCUUCCUAGAUGUGGUGGCUGCUCUAUGCUGGGUGCAGGAGAACAUCACUCCCUUCAGGGGUGAUCCCAACUGUGUCAGCAUCAUUGGCGGAUCUGCAGGUGGCAGCAUUGUCUCUGCCCUGGUGCUGUCUCCAAUGGCCAUGGGACUGUUCCACAGAACCAUUGCACAGAGUGGAGUCAUCUUUGCCCCACUGUUAAGAGGAUCUGACUUAUGGCUCAAAGCUCAGGGGGUUCUGCUUUGCUUUCUCCUGCAGAAAAUGAUAGUCUCGACCUACACCAUAGAUGGCUCUUUCUUUCCCAAAAGCCCUGAGGAGCUCCUGAAGGAAAGGCAGUUCCACCCUGUGCCCUUCCUCAUAGGUGUCAACAGUCAUGAGUUUGGAUGGCUCAUCCCCAGGGCCUGGGGUAUGCUGGAUAAGAUGGAGCAGAUGAACCAGGAAUACAUGCUGGAUGUCUUCAAGCCCUGCUUGGCCAGUCUGAACGUGCCCCCUGAGAUGAUGUCCAUGGUCAUAGACCAGUAUAUAGGCAGUGGCUCAGAUGCACAACCCAGACGUGAAGACUUCCAGGAACUGGCUGGCAAUAUCUUCUUCAACAUCCCUGCUUUGAAUUUCUCAAGACACCUCCAAGAUUCUGGGGCCCCCGUUUUUUUCUAUGAGUUCCAGCAUGUACCUAGCUCUUUUGUAAAGAUCAAGCCACCCUGGGUGAAGGCUGACCAUGUGGCUGAGAUCGUAUUCAUGUUUGGGGGUCCUUUCCUCAUGGAUGAAAACACCCUCCUGGCCUUUCCAGAGGCCACAGAGGAGGAGAAGCAGCUGAGCCUCACCAUGAUGGCCCAGUGGGCCCACUUUGCCCGAACAGGGGACCCCAAUGGCGAAGGGCUGCCUCUUUGGCCCCGAUUCAACCAGUGGGAGUAAUACUUGGAGAUCAGCCUCGUGCCACAGAUCAGGCAGAAGCUGAAGAAGGCCCAGAUGCAGUUCUGGACAGAGACACUCCCCAGCAAGAUCCAACAGUGGCAUCAACAGAAGCAAGGCAGGAAGGCCCCAGAGGAGCUCUGAGGCAAGGUCUGGGUUUUCUUGACUGGGGCCAACCCAAAGGGUGGCAGUGUCUCAGCCAGGUGGCCUCUCUCUACUCUUGCUAAGAGACUUUAACCUAAACUGGGCUGAUGUGGGCUUGUGUCCCUUCAUGCAUCAGCCACUGCAGUACUGGCAUGGUUCCCUUUUGAAAUGUCACCAAGCUACUUCCCACCUCUGGGCCUUUGCACAAGUUCCUGCUUCUCCCUGAAGUGCCUUGCCCCCUUCCUUCCUGAAAGGCCUAGAUCAUUGGUCAAGCUCUUCCCCAGGAAGACUUUACUGCUUUCUCUGGGCCCUGUGGCCCUGAAUGUGUGUCCAUUACAGCACAACUCACCCUAAGCUCC